GGGGGGCGUCGUCAGCGCACAUGUGCGCACGCCGAAUAGCGAGCAUGUACUGAAGUGUAAAUAACCCGUCAAUAUUAUUUGCACUUUUUCUCGGUUUGCCAGUCGGUCCCGUCGGACAGCAUGGCCUCAGAGGAGGACAACGUGCUGCUGUUUCUAAUCUACCAGCACCUGAAGGUGAACGGCUACCAGAAAGCUGCCCAGGUGCUGGAGAAGCACGUUACCCAGGUGGAGACACCAGUGGAGAGCUCCUCCACCCUACAUGAUAUCUACACAGGCUGGAUGAAACUGUACUCCCUAGCCCAGCAUGCCAAACAGGAGACACAAGAGUCCAGUUACUCAAAGAAAAGCAUCAAAGCAGAGGCUGCAGACACCAGGCUCUCCAGUGUCACAGGAGGAGAUGAUGUGGCUUCCAACCCUCCACUCGAGCCCGGGCCUGAUGUUGUUGAGCCACUGAAGGCAGAGAGCAUCUCUGAGAGUGUCUGUGAGCAGCUGCUGGCUGCUGAUAAUAAAUCCCAAGCAACAAACUCUGACAGCGAGAGCGCCGGCUCCUCUGACAGUGAAGUGGAAGAAGAAAAGAUAAAGGAGGAAGAAACAAAAACAGAGCAAGAGUCGGCUCCAACUAAAGUGUGUGCUGAGGCGUCCAAUGAGGCAGAAAGCCUGAGCUCUGCCUCUUCAGACGCUGAGGAAAUAACUGCACCCAGCCAGGGUAACAACAGCCUGGUGUUACCUGAUCAGGCUGAGGACCAAUCGCAGGCCCCCGAUCCAGCCGAGGCCUCAGUCUCAGGCGGUGACCUUAAAGUGGAGCAUCAAGAGGGCAGUGAUGAUCUGAAGCAGGAAGCAACCACAAACACCUCAGAAGACAUAGAAGAAGCUUCGGCGUCACAGCAGACAGAUGUUCCCACUCAGGAAGUCAGCGAAGCCGAGUCUCCAGAAGGUGAAGAAGCCACAGCAGGAGAGAUGCCCAUCCUGGUUGAACCCACCACCUCUGACCUGACAGCUCUGGAAACCAGUGACCAGCUAGGAGACGGUCAAGCCCCGCCCUCUGCAGACCCUGAUGGUGAAUCUAAAAAUCCAAAAGAGGAGGAGGAGGAUGACGUGGAGGAGACAAAGAAAUCUGAGACGUCAGAGGUCGCAGAUCUUUCCUCGGAGCUGGAGGGAGACACGGAGAUGUUGAAAAUCCCCGUGGACACCGGGAUCCAGAGUGACCUCUCAGCCAGUCCAACUGGUAUCAAAGUCACGUUGGUUUCAGAAGAGCGAUCGGACCCAGAGGCCUCCAUCAUCAUCAACAUCACAGUCAAAGAUGACGAAGCAGCUGAGCGAGAGACCGGCCAGCUGUCCCCUGAGGAGACUGCCGAGUCCUGUAAAGACCGCAGCACUCCCAGGAAAAAGAAAAGGAAGAGCAAACAGGAUUUUGAGACGUCAACAGCAGACGCAUCGAUCACGGACACACCCAGCAGCACUGAUGCAUCUACCCCAGAUCCACUCAGUGACACUCCUCUUCCUAGGAAAUCUGCCAAAAAGAAAAAGAGAGACAAAAAGAGACAAGAAGAGGAGGUGACAGAGGAUGGCGGAGAUCAGGAGGAUGAGGUUGAGGCGUCUCAGUUAGCUCCACCAGACAAGAAAAAGAAGGCUAAGAAGAGGAAAAGGGAAAGAGACGAAGAAGAAGAGAAGGAAGAGGAAACUCACACUGUCACUGAAAACAAAAUUAAAAAGAAGAAGAAGAAGAAGAAGGCUAAAGAUGUGGAAGAGGAGGAGCGUGAGGCAGGAAGAGCAGUAGAGGAGAAGGCUGAGAAUCCUGUGAGUCUGGCAGAGACAACGGAGGAGAAAAAGAAGAAGAAGAAAAAGAGGAGAAAGGAAGGAGGUCAGGAGAACGAGGCGGUGCAAUCUGAAGAACAACCAGCAGGGGGCAGUAAUGGCACAGAGGAGAAAAUGGAAGCCACAGAGGGAAAGUCUUCUUUGGACUCCUCGGCCAAGAAGAAAAAGCGUCUCAGGAAGAAGCUCAGCCUGAAGAGGAGAUUAAAACUUCAUAAGAAGGAGAAGCUGGCGAUGAGGUUGAUGAAGAGCAACAAGUUAUCUGCAGAUCAGAACCAUGUGAGAAGGAAGAAACAGAAACGCCUACAAGAAGAAACAGAGGAAGUGUUUCACCCAAAGUCAAGCAAAAGACCCAAAGUUGAGCCCAUUCGGGAGGAUGAAACACCAAAGAAGAAGAAAAAGAUGCAAAAACAUGCUGACCUAGAAGAAAAUUCGUCAAAGGAAAACCAACCUCCCAAGGCAAAGAAGGAGAAGAAGAGGGAGCUGCAGGCUGAGGAUCAGAGCGGUGUGGCAGAUGACCAGAGUGCUGCGAUUCUUGAUGAUGCCGAUACGUCGGCGCUUUCAAACGGAGGGAAGAAGAAAAGGAAGAAGAAGGCGGUUAAAUGCGAGGAAGCUGCCGAAAAUGUGAGCCAAGAUGUACCAGCUAAGAAAACAAAGAAGAGCAGACUACAGGAGAAACUAGAGGUCGAGCCUGCUGCAGACACACACACUCCUCCAGCUGCUUCUGGGAAAAAGAAAAAAUCUUCCAAGAAGAAGACAAACUGAUUUAGAUUUGGGGCGUACUCGGGAGGAUGACUGCAACUUGGACCUGGAAGCCUAAAAAUGUCAGCGUCUUUUCUCCCGAUUAUUCUGUCUGAGGUUCAUUUUUCCACGAGAAACAGAUUUCUGAGAGGUGCUGGGAGUAACUUCGCACUACCCUUUGUUCCUAAACUGUGAAUUUAGCACAAUACACACCCUAAACCCCCCCUUUAUUUAGCAGAUUCGACUUUAAAGCUUUGUUGGAGGCAGACCUGCUCUGCCAUGGGAAAAAAAAAAAAAGCAUAGUAAUUAGUCAAUGACUUUAUUAUGCAUUUCAUUCAGCGCAGCCUUUUUAACUGGAAGCUUUUCCCAUUAAAGUCUCAUUAAAGAAAUGAUUUAAAUGAGCUGCCUAUCGUUUGAAAGAAUUCACGCAAGUGAAACAUAAAUUUCUAUUUAAAUCAAAGAAUUCGAUUAUUAACAGGAUUGCUGUGAACUU